GGAGAGAGAAGAAUGGGAUGCAAUGAAGGAAGGAGAGAAUCCGAUGCAGAAAGGCGACCCACAAGAUAAGGACCGUCUGUUUGACGUCUCUCUCGGGUUGCCUCUCUGCUUUUGAGCGAGUCCUCCUCCAACUCCAUCUCCUUCUCCUUCCUCUUCAGUCAUCGUUUCCAUCUAAUCGCUUCCUCAUCUCCAUUUGUUAAUAGAAUUUCCGCAGCAUCUCCGAUCCCUAUGCUCAUUUUAAACUAUAUUCUGUUUCUUCUUGACUCUCCCUCUCUCUCUCGAAUGUGAUAGGAGCACCGAUCCCGAAGUCCCUACAAAUCUUUUUUUUUUUUUUUUUUCUUUUGUGAUCUCUCUUUCCUCUCUCUUGCGGUGUUAAAUUCUUGAGUUCCUCCGUCCACUUUGCACCACCUUCUCUCUCGGUUGCGUGUUUCGGCCUUCUUUUGUUCUUUGGCUAUGUCGUCUUCCGAGUUCGAGGAGAGCACCGUCAGGGAGCUACGGCCAGAUGGGUGCCAGACGCCGGCGGAGCUCCGGAGCGAAGAGGACGGUGGUGACCGUCAGAUCCCCGCGACUCGCGACGGUGGUAGCAGCCAGAUUCCCGAGACUCGUGAUGGGGGUGAAGGUGAUGCGUUGACGGAGGAGGUGGAAGACGGGUACCGGACUCCGACGUCUCCGCAGCACAGGAUACCGGAGGCGCUGGAGUGCCCACCUGCACCGAGGAAGCCCAAGAAGGAGGUUCGAUUGAAGAGGAAGCGGUCGUUCGAUGCCCUUCACGUGGAUACCGUCGAGGUGGAGAGCUUUCUUCGGCGGAUUAUCGGCGAGUUGCUUGCCGACGGCGGCCGGAAGGUCAGAAAAGUUGGAGGAGAAUGACCAAGACUUGAAGGAAUAGCGGCAAGUCGGCGACGAAAUUAUUGUAAAGUAUCUCGCGGUUGGCAGAAGAUCAGCAAACUUUGAGAUCUGAAAUCGAUGCUGUUUCGAUGCUGUUGUUGGUGUCUCUCUGCUGUUGAUGCUGAUGUUUCCCUUGCUGUAACGACGGAAAUGGAAUUACAGCGGCAUUUGUGGCACCGGUUAUAAGCACACUGACCUUUUGUCUUUUCUUUCCGUUUCUCGCUUUUAUUUUCUUAAAUGCAAUUCAUGGUCAACACAGAAAAAGAUCAGUUAAAAAUAUUUCUCUUUGAUUUGGCGAGAGCGGCGAACCAUACGGUGCAUUAAUAUUUAAUGAACUCGAGAAUUUCAUCUCUUUUUGA